AUGUUAAAAAGAUAUACUCAUGUAUAUGAAUCAAUUAUAAUAUGUUUAAUUUUAUUUAUAAUUUGGAAUCUUUCUUCCAUUAAUCAUAAUGAAUUCUUUUCAAAUGAGUACGAGAACGUGAAUGAGUCUUCAAUAUUAUCUGACACGGAAUUAAAUCAAAAAUAUUGUGGUUCGUCGCAAUGUAAAUUCCUAUUUCUAUAUAAAGUUAUAGAACAGGAAUCAAAAGCUCAAAAGCAUUUCAAACAAUUCGUUCAAAUCGCCCAAAAACUUGAUCGAACGUUAGUAUUAACGAACGUUGGUGAAUCCCGAAUCGGCGCUUGUUUAAAAUAUCCAUUUAGUUAUUAUUAUUCAAAAGAAUUUCUUCAAAAGAAUUAUCCCGAUUUAAGAGUUAUAACUCAACAACAAUUUUCCGAAUGGACGAGAUUACGUAGACAGAAACCUUCCUCCCAUCAAAUCCUUUUUCAAGAAUCUCAUAAACUCGGAUUUGUUGAAAACGAACCGAUUCUUUCCAAAUUAAAAAGUGAUUUAUGUCAUGGUGAAUUCGAAGUUGAUUUUGAUAACAUCAAAUUUUAUAAUUUAAAUAUGGGCGUACUCAAACCGGGAAAAAUUCAUAAGAAUUUAUUAAAUUUUAUUUUUGACACCCUUAAACGAUUUGACGAUGCUGAAAUCUUAUUAAUGAAUCAAAAAUUUCAUUAUGAAUUCUUUCCAAAACGUGUACCCGAUUUAAAGUAUGCGCCUCAUAUAAUUGAUAAGGCUUUGACGAUCACUCAACAUUUACAACCAUUCAUAGCUGCUCAAUGGAGGAUGGAACGUGGAAAUCCUUUAAAUAUGCCAAGAUGUGCUGAAAAGUUGGUAUCACACGUAGAACAUUUAAAAGUCAUUUAUAACACUCGAAAUUUUUAUCUUGCUACCGAUUACCCUUUAAAAGAUUCUUUGUCUCAAUCCUUCACAUUUAAUGAUGUGAAAAUGGAAUAUCACGGAAAAGCAAUUGAGAUUUUAAAAGAUAGAAUUGACUUUCUUAGUUGGUUAAAUUACACUUUAACUGAUCAAUUUGGUAAUGAAAUGGAUGUUAAAGAUUUCGCUCACAGUGGUAUACCGGGAAUUUUAGAUAAAAUCGUAUGUUCAAGAGCAAAAAUAUUUUUGACUGCGCCUCCGGAUUGCAGAAAGCGCACCAGCUCUUACACGAAGAUGAUUAAUGGUGAAAGACUUUCUUUGAUGAAAAUGGGUGUUAAUGGAAUUAAUAAUAUAAAUUUUGAAUGGUAG